GGACCUUUAAGGCCUAAGGAAAAAUGAUUAGAAGAAUUACAUUACCUAAUAGUUGGUGAGCACCUUUAUCGAGAUAAACUCUUGAGGACUUCUUGCAGUCCAGGCGUUAAAAAGGUGCCGCCUACAGAAAGCGCAGCUCCUACCGGAUUCCCUCGCAUAGUUCCGGCUUCUGGGCAAGAACUCCAGGAGAGAUUCCGUCAGAAUCCAUUCAAAAGAGAAAUUCCAUGAUCUAUACAAUCUUCUUGAAGCAAACUCAGACCAGAGGAAGAAUUGUCCUUGACUUUUGAAGACUAAGACUAAACUGAAAUUUAAAAUGUUCUUUAGGGACGAAUGGAGCUUGACUUACACUUGUGUAAUAAUUUGUUUCCUGACACUAAGGCUGUCUACCAGUCAGAACUGCCCUACCAAGAGUCUAGAAGAUGUUGUCAUUGACAUCCAGUCAUCUCUUUCUAAGGGAAUUAGAGGCAAUGAACCCAUACAUACGUUAACUCAGGAAGACUGCAUUAAUUCUUGCUGUUCAACAAAAAACAUAACAGGAGACAAAGCAUGUAACUUGAUGAUCUUCGACACUCGAAAAACAACUAGGCAACCCAACUGCUACCUUUUUUUCUGUCCCAGUGAGGAAGCUUGUCCGCUGAAACCAGCAAAGGGACUUAUGAGUUACAGGAUAAUUAGAGAUUUUCCAACUUCGGCCAGAACGAAUUCGCCAAGCCCAGAGUUAACCCAAGAAGAUUCUUUUAUCCAUGGCCAGUCUUCACAGGGAGUCGCUCCCACCCCCACUCCUGUGACAGGGUAUUCAAAGCCCACCGAUAGCUUCUGGAGAGAUGCAUUUUCUCAGAAGUUUGGAUCCUCAGAUCACUCAGAGAAACUAUUCAAGAUCGGUCAAGCAAGUACACCGUUCCCUGUUUAUAAAGAAAAAGGCCAUUCACAGAGUUCACAGUUUUCCUCAGAGCAAAAAAUAGCUCGUCUCCUACCUGUGACAACGCUCCCUACGAUGAUGACCGUUGCUUCUCAGCGUAUCACCUCUACCCCCCCAAAGCCUGCAUUGCCCCCCACCACCAAUGCUCCUGUGAUACCUUCUGUGACUUCUGAACCAGAGAUGGCCACCUCAGCUCCAGCCCUAGCCCAGGGCAAGUCGCAGCCCCCCACAACCCUCUUGUCUACCGUUUUGACCCAAGCUGUGGUUAUACCCAAAGCUAGCAUAACUACAGCAGCUGUUUCAAACGCCAUCUCUGAGGCGCCCAUAGACUGGAAAAGCUCUGCAGAAAUGGUGCCCUUUCAAGAAAUUUCCAGCCUCACUUCAAACACAGAGGAUGCCCAGAGUAACCCCAUUACACUUUCUCUGUCAACGGUGGAUUCGUCUGCAGCUAUGCUGCUUUUGUCAGAUGUGGUUUCUUCUGCUCCAAAUAAAACUGCUUCCUGGGAAAAUGAGAAGGCCAGACCUGGUGGUUCCUCCCUGAACAGUGUUCCAGAAAGUCAACACGGCCUUCCAUUUGAAAAAUGGCUCCUCAUCGGAACCCUGCUCUUUGGGGUUCUGUUCCUAGCCAUAGGCCUUGUCCUUUUGGGUAGAAUGUUCUCAGAAUCCCUCCGCAGGAGACGUUAUUCGAGACUGGAUUAUUUGAUCAAUGGGAUCUAUGUUGACAUCUAAGAAGGAAACUAGAUGUCUCUUAAUUCACGUAGUUGCUAGUAGCCCCAACCCAGUGUCUCCCUGCUGACUCACUGGUCGUAGCAGGAUUUCUGAAGCACCAUGAAGAAGGUAGAUGCCCCCUACAACUUUCUUUUUGCUUGGUGUUUGAAGACAAGAGGAGAAAGGAAACUAAUUAGGUAAUUUGAGUGACUUAGCUCUAAAAUAUUUGCUGAAAACAAAGCUCAACCUAAAGUAAUAAAGUGUAAUUGGCAUAUAAAUUAAAAAAUGACUGGCUUUUUGCAAGGAAAAGUGGUUAGGACUUUUGGGCUCCAGUUCAUUAACAUUUCUGGUUCCAGAUAAAGCCAACUGUUUAUGAUAUUAAUUCUAAUGGAUUUACUUUCCUUUUUAUAUGAAGUCCAAUAAAAGUUAUUCCAGAUGUAUUUCCUUCCAAUUAAAUAUUUGAAUAAAUGUUUUGUUACUCAGUAA